AGCGGAGCGGUGCCGGCGCCUCCCCGCUGCCCGCCGGUCCGGGGCGCGGCGGCGGCAGCAGAAUCUUCUCUUUCAUCCCCAGAGCAAGGGAAGAUGACAUCUCAGCUCCUCUGAACCAGCAGUGCCCUGGGACCAGCAGAGCCAUGGAGCUGGAAUACGAAUUGCCCAACGCAACUGCGUUCUGGUUCUCCCCAGCUUCCCCCUUUGACAACUUCUCCGUGGAGGCGCCCACCAACGUGUCGCAGAAUGCCACAGGCCAGCACUUCGACCUGACCAGCAACGCCAUCCUCACCUUCAUCUACUUCGUGGUCUGCAUCAUAGGGCUGUGCGGCAACACCCUGGUGAUAUAUGUCAUCCUUCGUUAUGCCAAGAUGAAGACCAUCACCAACAUCUACAUCCUCAACCUGGCCAUCGCAGACGAGCUGUUCAUGCUCGGUCUGCCCUUCCUGGCCAUGCAGGUAGCCCUGGUACACUGGCCCUUUGGCAAAGCCAUCUGCAGAAUUGUCAUGACGGUGGACGGGAUCAACCAGUUCACCAGUAUCUUCUGCUUAACCGUUAUGAGCGUUGACCGGUACCUGGCUGUCGUCCAUCCCAUUAAAUCUGCCAAGUGGAGGCGGCCCAGGACAGCCAAAAUGAUCAAUGUAGCCGUUUGGGGCGUCUCCCUGUUGGUGAUCAUGCCCAUCAUGAUUUAUGCUGGGGUGCAGCAUAAUCAUGGCAGGAGUAGCUGCACCAUCAUCUGGCCGGGAGAGUCGGGCGCCUGGUACACGGGCUUCAUCAUCUACGCCUUCAUCCUGGGCUUUCUGGUGCCUCUCACCAUUAUCUGCCUUUGCUACUUGUUCAUCAUUAUCAAAGUCAAGUCCUCGGGCAUCAGAGUGGGCUCCUCCAAGAGGAAAAAGUCUGAGAAGAAAGUCACCAGGAUGGUCUCCAUCGUGGUCGCAGUCUUCAUCUUCUGCUGGCUUCCCUUCUACAUCUUUAACGUCUCCUCCGUCUCCGUCCUGAUCGUGCCCACGCCUGUCCUCAAGGGCAUGUUCGACUUUGUGGUGGUCCUCAGUUACGCCAACAGCUGUGCCAACCCCAUCCUUUAUGCCUUCUUGUCCGACAACUUCAAGAAGAGCUUUCAGAACGUCCUCUGCCUGGUGAAGGUCAGCGGCAUGGACGAGGCGGACCGGAGUGACAGCAAGCAGGACAAAUCCAGGCUCAACGAGACCACGGAAACCCAAAGGACCCUGCUCAAUGGCGACCUGCAGACGAGCAUCUGAGGGGACGGCAGGGUUGUCCUUCCUUUGCUCUCCUCUUCCCACUUGCUCCCAACUGGCAGUGGCAUGUACGGAGUCAGGGCAGGAGAGCCAGCUUUGGGGACGGCAGUGUGCACACCGGUGGGCGGCGGGGGUCCUCAGCUGGGCUCCUCCUGAGCUGCUGGCAGGUUGGCUUUCAAGCACUGGGAAGGAGACGGAUCAAGAGGAGCUGCCUCGCCAGGAAAACAAAGAACUUGUAGCCACACAGCGCAUUUCGACACCAAAGUGCCACCGCGGGCAACAGCCAUCGCUGGGGUGGCUCUGCCGGCUGCCCCUCGGGGCUGGUUGGCUUUGGGUGCUCUGCCCCACGACGGACGCUUGCCCGCAGCCACGUGCACGCAGCGGGGUGACCUCAGGAGGAGCCGCGGCCACGGGUGUGUGCCAACAUGAUGUGCCACCGCAGAGAUGCGCCGUCUUAUAGCCAAGACCCGGUGGGAGCUCCCCGAGAGUGGUCCCGCAGCCACCCUCCCCGAGAGGACGAGGAAUAUUUGGGGUUGCAUUUUGCCUGGCUUACAAGUUACUCCAUCGCCUCCCCUGAAGCCUCCCUGGCUGCUGUUUGACUGCGUCGUUUGCAACAGCGGCCCUGCCCGCAGGUGGCACGCCAGGACGGAGGCCGCUGCCACCUUGGGAACAGCGCUGCCACCCUGUCAGCCCACAGCCCCUCUGGUCCCACCACGCUCCUUCCCUGCCUCCUCCGGCCCCGCCGUCUCCGCUGCAGGAGAGCCCCUUCCCUCCUCCCGCCGUGACGUCACCUGCCCGCAGGUUUUUCUCCUCGGAUGGAGGAUUUCCCCCCUUUUCCCUCCCAAGGAGACGAUGCCCCUCCUGCCACCCGCGUCUGCUCACGGUCCAUCCCGAGAUCGCUGCUGUCCCCAGCCGUGGCACAAGCAACCACGGCACGCUUGCCCGGCACCAGUCCCUGGUGGGAAAUCCUCGGAAGCGUUUAAACAGCAGAAAAACACCGGGGUUUUGGAGCAUCCUGGCACGGGCUGCGGCACAUCCCGCUGCUGACGGCUCCUGCAGCUUGGGUGAGCCAGGGGUUUGUCCUGCCCCGGCUCCGAGCAUCGCUGGGGCUGCUGGGGAGCAUCGACCGGCCGCCAGCGACACCAGCCCUGCUCCUUCCAGGCAAGUCACGCCAGAGGAAAGGGUUAUGGAGAGGAUGGGGGACCCGAGGUGGGGGGUGCUGGGGAUUUGGCCCCGACCCUGGGUGAGCCAAAGGGACCGGGCAGAGCAGACAACAGGGUUUCCAGCACAGAAGAGCAGGGCAGCACGCACCCAGCCCCCCCCGUCCCUCUCCUGCACCGCAGCACGGGAAUGGGGGGACACAGGGUGCAGCGCAUGGUGUGAGGGGUGGGGGGUCUGGCAUUUAGCCUCUCAAGACAAUCCCGGAGCGCUCGGCUCUGCGCCUGUCCCUCUGGGGCAGUGCACAAACCCAGGGCUUCAGGAGCCCUGACCGCCCGCUCCUGCCCCGGCGCAGCCGCCCCGCUCGGCCAGCGCAGCGGGAACAGGAGGGAAAGCCCAGGGGAGAGGGAGAAGCGCCGUCUUCCUGCCAGAGCACCCCGAGCAGCUUCUGUGCCAAAGGCCAGGCUCCGCUCACAGGCUCUUGCUCCAGAGCCGAGCCGUGGGAACGCAGCGCUUUAGGUGGAGAAAACAGCCCGGUCUCAUCCACCCUCCCCUUUCCCAUCCCACCCAUAUGUCCCCGCACCAGCCCCAUCGCCGGCAGACGCCGAGCUGUCACCUCGUCCUACAAGCGAUGCGGGAGGUGAGGGUGAGCGCUGCCCAUGGGGUGCCACCAUUGGGGUGCUGCCCUGCUCAGCCCUGUACCCCCCAUCGAUGCUCCAAGAGCAGCAGCUCUGGGAGUUUUCCCAUGGCUGUGCCUGGUCCCUGCAGCGAGGAGCAUCGUCCGUAUCCCUGCCUGGGGCAUGACACAUCAGCUGUGCCCCCCCAGCACCCCCCCAAAACGAGCUCAGUGCCAGGCUCGACGCCUGCUCCCCAUCCCAGCUUUCCCAGACACCAUCUCCAGCACGGCAGCACCAGCACUGGGGACACAGCGCAGGGCUCGGGAGCUUUCUGCAGGGAAAGCAGAGCGUUGUCAGCAUUUAUUUGCUUUUAACCACGUACUGCUCCUCCGAGGGACGCGUGUCUGUGCCAGGAGGCAGCGUGCAGGCUCAGCGCUGAGCAGGCAGCUGCCUGUCCCCUCGCUGCCUGUGCCGGGCUGCACAGGCAGCUGCUCCCCGAGCUCAUCCCUGCGCCGGCUGCAUGAAGUAAAGCUGAACGCAGGCUGUGAGGCAGCGCAGGCUGCCCUGCUGAUGCUGCAGGAAUUAAAACACGAGCAGCAUGUCACACUACAGUGAAAUACGGGAUGGUGACGGCCAGGCCUGGUGCAGCCGGAACCCUCUGUUAGGAUAAGGCUUCGGUGUCACCACCGCUGCGAUGCGUCAGCCGGGCUUUGGAUAUUUCAUAUUUGGUAGGCAGCGGAGGGGUUAUUUGUGUGGAAAGCAGGAGCGGGCGGCGUUAUGCCCCUGCCCAUGACAGGAGACGACAACGCACCCCCCAGCACUCACCCUCGAGGGGCCAGCCCCAGAUCUGCCAGCGGCUGGCAUCGUCACGGUCCUGUCCCUGCAAGCCCUGCCGCCAACACCCCGACCGAUGGCGGGGGGGAGCGUGGGAGGCGAUGCCUAUUCCCAGCCGCACGCCCAUGGGAGUCUUCAGCAGGAGCUCCCAGCCAGGAGCGUCUCCUCUCUGUCCUGCUUUAAUGUUGAAAAUACUAAAAAGCCCGUCUUUCUGUGCCCAGGUCAGCGUUGUCCUGGUGAAACCCCCCAGGCAGUGACAUUUCUGGCAGCCUGGAGCUGCGCAGGGGGGGCUGUGAUCUGAAAUACCCCGAUCCCCCGCUUUGCACUCUCUUGGGCUGGGGAUAACAGGGCUGCGGGUGAGAAGUGAGGGGUGCGGGGGCGGGGGGCUGCCACCGACAUCCCAAAGGCCACCAAGGUGGGAUGCUGCAGGGCAGGAGCAUGAGGUGGCUCCUGGGGGGGUGCCAGGGCACCCCACAGCCGCCCUGCUGCAGCUCACCCCGGGGAAAGGGCAGGAGAGCGAAACACGCUGCCUCGGAGGAGCGAGCAGGGGAGGCAGCCGCUGCCCAACGCGCGCCGUAGAACCAGCAAAAUAAAACCUUCCGCUGGUUCAUUGCUGACUAAUAAACAGCAGCGCUGUCGCUGCUGCGACUAACAAAGUUUUCCUGCCCAGCCACUUGAUUUUAGUGGGAACUUGAUCUCAUAUCGGAUCUGUUCUGAACAGCCUCGCAGGGCUGCCGGCGGCGUGAUGAGAAAUCUCUCCCGGUUAUUGCAGAGUGAACAGGCUGAUGCUGCAAGUGCUGGAGUGGCUCCGCUGCUACUUCACACGCAGACUGUCCCCGGGCAAGUGAGAUUAAUUACAGCUCCCGCCCGCCCGGCUGGAGCAGCAGGAACAGAUUUAUCACAAAUCGGAGGUGAUGGGAAGCAGAGACGCGUGCCGUAGAGCUCCCCUGUAUACCGGGAGCACGGAUCCUCGGAGCAGGGCUGGGGCUGGACGCUUUGCUGGGGGGCUGCGCACACGGCGGUGCUGCUGUGGCUGUCACGGGUGGUGGGGCUGUCACUGGGGGUGUUUGCAGUGGGUCAUUCUCGCAAGAGACUGCCAGCCCCCCAAAGCCCAUGAGAAAUCAACUCGCCGUCCCUGCCACUGGCUUCCCCCCACCCCGUGCAGACGAGGACCCCCUGGGAAGCCGAGGGGCUGCUCCGCAGUUCUCCCGAGCCCCCGUGGGAUUGACCUGAAUGGAGACAUCCUCUCCGUCCCCGCUCCCUCAGCCCUCGGGGGCCAGGGGGGUGAUGCCUGGUGCUGGGGCUGGGGCUGAGCAUCACCCCGGGUGCGCUUCUGGGUGCUCACCUCGGACCAAGCCUGGCUCCUGGAGCUGUGAUGGCCAAUGCCCCUUGGUGCUUGAUAGCCAAACCCUGCUCUGAUGCGCUGGGAGAGGCUGGGUUUGGACCUAGAGCCUUCCUGUCGCAUCUCUACAGCUCCUCACAUCAGCACCAAAGCUGCCUUGGACUUCUUUAAAAUAACAAUCUCCUAAUGAACUGCACUGUCACGUCUCUGGAGGGCUCCCUGACUCCGUCCUGAUGGGAAGAGCCAUGUCUUUGAUGGAGACUCCGUGGAGACGUCCCUUCCCUCACGGACCCGCAUGAACACAGGCGGCCUCAGGGGCAGUUGUGCAGCCAGCAAUUCCCAGCCAGCUCCAUCCCAGGCUACGGAUCCACACCUGCUUUAGAGCAGGGCUCACCUCACAUCUCUGUUGGUUGUUUCAGUCCUUGCUGGGAACAAGCCGAUUUCAAACCGCUCAGGGAGAGUCUCCGUCCCCUCUGCUGGGGCUGCACCAGCCACACGCCCUGCCCACGGCUGCCCAAAGCGGGAAUCGCCGGCGAGGCACGAGCAAAGGGCGCAGCAGACCCCAAACUGCCCUUCCCGCUCCUAGAUCUGAAACGAGAGCUGCUGCUUCCCGACCCGAGGACGCCUCUGCCCCCCCUGCCAGCCUCUCACCCAUGUCUCCUGCUGGAUUUCAGCCCGCUCCCCGCUUGCUCCAGGACCCGGACUGCCAAAAGCCAGGGCAGGAGGGC